AUGGGACCUACCAACUGCCAACACUCGCCUCCUUAACUUAAACCAUGGCGUGUAGCUGAGGACUGCGCACUGGCGUGACGUACGGAGAAACUCCAAAGACGAGCAAAGCACAGGUAGGGACGCGUGUUGUAGACACUCCCUCUUGAUAUAAAACCACAUUGAGAUGCCGGGAUCCUCAAGCAGAAGGGUUCUUCCGGUCCCUGAUGACUCCACUGUCAGCAAUUCAUGUUUGGAGAUAUUAUCCCUGCUCGUGAACGAACCGGUUUCCCUGAGAAACGAGCUUAAUGACGCAUCAACGUCGGUCGUCCAGGAGAAAGAAACCCGUGUCCUGCGUCUGUGGGCUGAGUACGAACAGCUGUUGCAAGAAAAACUAUUCCACGAACGAGGUCCUGAAUUUUCUUCUUUGACGAACGUUUCGACAACGUAUCUUGGUUCAAACGUGCUACUGCAGGUUCUAUGUGAUGCACAGUCCACUGCGACUGUGCGUCAGCUGGACACUAGCCCACUGGGACUACUAUCACUGUUGUCCCGACAGGCUGACCUAACGAAGUCGUGUCUUCAGAUGCUUCAUCGUGCGCAGGAAGAACGUGAUCACGGCAUUCGGCUAAGUGCGAUGCUCCAGGACACCGUCGCAGAGUGUUCGGAAUUGUACAAGCGAAUCCAAAUUACCUCUAGGAAGCAGGAGGCUGCGUCUCAGUCCAUUGGGGACGUGGUUACACAAUACCGGCAAGUCCGUGGUCGGUGGGAAGUGCUAAGAAAUGUCGUCCAAACACUUGUGCUGGAAAGCGGUGUGGAUUGGACCGACAACCCAACAAUCAUGGAUAUCAUGAGUGCCGUUGGUGAACUUGAGUCGGACUUUGAGGACGCUUAGGAAAAAGUUGCAGUAUUCUUCCGAGAGCUGAAUCUAGCAGUUGCAGUAUCUCUACUGAGCGACCAUUCGUUGGGCGUCGCUUACGUUAUAGCUUACUCAUAAAAUCACUUUCAACAAUUUUAUCUGGAGGUUUAAUUCAGUACAGCGGUGCGAGUGUGGCAGCC